AUGCUUAUAUCUUCAAGAUUGAAAGAAGUUUAUGACCAGGAUAAGAAGUACCAUUUUUAUUGUAAAAUCUUAUUUUAGUAACAAGUUAGUCAGGAAACUUAAUUACCUUUACAGAUUAGGCAUAACCAUUAAAAAUUUCUGUUUCUGUAAUUCUAUCAUGUCCAACAACGAAAAUUUAUAAAUCAGCUAUUCGGUUGUCCACGUCCCAUAUUCUGAUCCUAACUGUAUUUAUUUCAUAUGUUUGUAAAAAGUCAACAAUAAUAGAGGCAUGUAAUUCAAUGUAAAUAUGUCCAACAUAGUAUUCGAUAUAUGUAAAAUAGUAAAAAUUAUCCCUUAAAGGACUUGCAAAAGAGUCUGCAUAAUAAAAUUUGUUAAUUCUGGCUGUUGAAAUGAUUGCCCCAUUUUUUUCUGAAGCUACAUCUUAAUAAUUUCCUCUCAAACUUGAUUUGCUUUCAUAAUUUUUAGUACAUUAUGCAAAUUGUUUACUGAUUUAUAAGCUCCAUAUUAAUAUAAUAAAAUAUGCUUUCAUUUUUCUUAUUUCUUAGUAUUGUAAAUUAUGA